AUGACCAUUGUCCAUGGCAUCAAUGUUGGACUGUCUGGCAUUACAGUUAUCGUUGGUACCAUUCUUUUACUGCAUAGAGUGGUGAUCAAAGGGCAUAGAUUAUUCGAAAUCAACAUUGCUAAGGGCUGUUUUCGUCCUAAACCGAUUGAUUGCAUGUUGCUAUUCAUCAUUAUCUUCAAUCUACUGCGACUGAUUUCGAGCACAAUACUAAUUGCUGAUAUUUGUCCUGAUAUGAUUUCUCGUUCAUUUAUGUUCGAAUUUCCAUGGCAAUUUGGUUUUGGCGCAUUUGCCUUGUACCUGAUUGGUAUCGCUCAAACACUUGCAGACAGCCAUAGAGUCAUUGCCAACAGCUGGCUACCUUCACCCAGACUAGUGGAUUUAAUUGGUGGUACAAUCUUUUUGGCUCCAUUUAUCAUCAAUAAUGUCAUGUCCUUGGCCGCAGGAAUCUUGGCCGAGAAGAACUUGCACCUCGCUCAGAUCUUCACAAGAUUACUGUACAUCUUUUGGUUUAUUCACUGCUUUAGCUUGUCUGUCGCUGUCUUCUUUUCUGGUUACAGAUUGAUCCGCAUUUUGAGCGCUCAUUUGCAAAAGUUCAAGACGACUGGUCCUCGUUAUGUGUCGGUCCAAACCGGUAUCUUCAAAAUCAGAGCUGUGAUGAGCAUCAUUACUGCGUGUUUGAUUAUGUUUGCCGUCUUCUUACUGAUCUUUGGUAUCUUGCGUGAGAUUAUCAUCGUCAAUAUGGUGGGCUCUGUUGUUUUGGGUGCCAUCUGGAACUUUUUGGGCGCCGUGGCCACCCUGGGUGUUGAGAUUGCCAUCAUUUUCAAUCCUAAAGUAGACGAUGGCACAUCGCUUGGAUUGAAGACCUCCAGUGCUGAGAAGUCAGCUAGUCAGACUGGCCAAUUUGUCACCUAUACCAACUUUUCAACCCAAGAAUAUUCAGCAACUGGCAGCAAUCACAAUAACAGUGGUGCUCAAGGCACGCUCAGCCAUAACGCAUUCGAUGAACUCAAGUUACAGCAACUGCAAUACCAAAACGUUUUCCAUAAGCACAACAACCAUCAGCUAUCCCACAAUUUGCCUGAUGGCAAGGGCAACAAAAAUCAGCAAAUGACUGAUCUAUCAACACCUGAAGCCAGAGAGAUGAAGGUAUCGCCUGCAGGCAUCCCUUUGCAAGACGCUGAAUACUAUACUACUGAAGAAAAGCGCCCUUUUCCGUUUUCUCAUCAUCAAACUCACCAUCUUGAUGAUGAACAUAUCAUAGACGAUGGUGAGACCUCCCAAAUGGAUCUAGUGGAAUAUGCUUCAAAGCACUAA